CACCACUGGUUAAAUUCCAAAAAGUCAAAUCCUUUGUUCUGUGCUGCAAGUUUACACAGUGCUUAGCAAUAGGAAAGGUGUACUAAAACAAAAACAGAAUAACUGCCCUAAAAAUCAGUAUUAUUAUAGUUCUGUUUCAUUCCAGAGUGGAUUACAUGGUGUUGAGGAAGAAGAUUGACGAACAGUGGAGUGGCAACUGGCUUCUCAAGUUGAGCCUCUAAAAAUUUUGCAGCAUCAGCCACAAAAAAAUAAACAGUACUUUCCCUUAAGAUCAUAUGUAUUAGCGCUGAGUGCAAGAACAGUAUUGUUACAUUAUUUUCCCAAAAGAUAGAUCUUACAUUAAUAAAAUAUUUAUUUUUAUUUUGUGACAUUUAAGAAAGAUCUGGAGAAAUAAGAUUCUUGGACUAAUCAUAACCCUUUUUCUCACAGCUGGGGUUACUCACUAAUUAUCUGAAAAUGACCCCAUUGUAACUCAAAAAUAUUCUUACAUUCAACUUUCAUCAUCUGAAACACUGCCUUCAAAAAGGGUGGUUGAAGAAUAGAAAAAAAAUUCUACACUAUGAAUACAAAUAACUUGCCUCAUCUCAGUUUCUGCUACCCAUACAUCUACUGGUUCAUCCUGGGAAAAGAUGUUUUCAGAUAGCAGCAGUAUUCUUGCUCUGGUAAUCUGACUUCCUAAGAAUACACAAGACAUGUGAUUACAGAUGGAUCAUCAGUAGUACUUUAAAAAUAUACAGGCCUGUGAUACAGGAUCGAGUCCAUAUGGAGGCUGAAUCUCCUGUUUCCCAUGGAGUCACUGGCAAGCAGGUGAUACAUGCUACUUUCUUAUCAGCCCUGAAGAUGUUGGAUGUUGGAAAAUGGCCAAUUUUUGCUCUCUGCUCUCAAGAAGAACUGAAGUUAAUUCGUCAAGCCUGUGUAUUUGGCAGUGCUGGUAAUGAAGUGUUGUAUGCAACUGAAAAUGAUGAGGUGUUUGUGCUUGGCACCAACUGCAGUGGCUGUUUGGGAACAGGCGACAUUCAGAGCACUAUUGAACCACAGAGAUUAGAUACUUUAUGUGGCAAAAAGAUAGCAUGUCUGAGCUAUGGAAGUGGUCCUCAUGUUGUUGUUACUACUGCAGAAGGAGAAGUGUACACAUGGGGCCAUAAUGCUUAUAGUCAACUGGGCAAUGGUACAACAAAUCAUGGUUUAGUUCCCUGUCAAGUCUCUACUAACUUGGUAAACAAGAAAGUAAUUGAAGUCGCCUGUGGCUCUCACCAUUCCAUGGUGUUAACAUCUGAUGGAGAGGUGUAUGCAUGGGGUUAUAAUAAUUCAGGACAGGUUGGAUCUGGUUCAACAGCUAAUCAGCCAAUUCCUCGAAGAGUUACCAGCUGCCUACAAAAUAAGAUAGCUGUUAAUAUAGCUUGUGGACAGAUGUGCUCAAUGGCUGUUGUAGAAAAUGGGGAGGUCUAUGUCUGGGGUUACAAUGGUAAUGGCCAGCUUGGAUUGGGCAGCAGUGGUAAUCAGCCAACACCCUGUAGAAUAGCUGCUUUACAAGGCAUUCGUGUGCAGCGGGUUGCCUGUGGCUAUGCACAUACAUUAGUGCUAACAGAUGAAGGUCAGCUGUAUGCAUGGGGAGCCAAUUCGUAUGGUCAGUUAGGCACUGGCAAUAAAAGUAACCAGUCUUACCCUGCACCAGUUAUUGUUGAUAAGGACAGAGUUAUAGAAAUUGCAGCCUGCCAUUCUGCUCACACUUCUGCUGCUAAAACCCAGGGUGGCCAUGUGUAUAUGUGGGGUCAGUGUCGUGGCCAGUCUGUGAUUCUUCCACACCUUACACACUUUGCCUGCACAGAUGAUGUGUUUGCUUGUUUUGCUACUCCUGCUGUGACAUGGCGUCUCCUAUCAGUAGAACCUGAUGACCACCUAACAGUAGCCCAAUCACUGAAGAAAGAAUUUGAUAAUCCUGACACUGCAGACUUGAAGUUUCUGGUGGAUGGAAAAUAUAUUCAUGUUCAUAAAGUCCUUCUCAAAAUUAGGUGUGAGCAUUUUCGUUCCAUAUUAAAUAACAAUGAUGAUGAUAUUAUAGAAAUGAGUGAAUUCUCUUAUCAAGUUUACCGAGCCUUCCUGGAAUAUCUGUACACAGACAGCAUCAGUCUCCCUCCUGAGGAAGCAAUAGGGCUGCUAGAUUUGGCAACAUUCUAUAGAGAAAAUAGAUUGAAAAAGCUUUGCCAGCAAACUAUCAAACAAAGCAUUUGUGAGGAGAAUGCAAUUGCUCUUCUUUCAGCUGCAGUCAAAUAUGAAGCUGAGGACUUAGAAGAAUUUUGCUUCAGGUUUUGUAUAAACCACUUGACUGUAGUUACACAAACUACGGGCUUUGCAGAAAUGGACCAUGACCUCUUGAAGAACUUCAUUAGCAAAGCAAGCAGAGUAGGAGCAUUUAAAAACUGAAGAAUGCUUGCUUCAAAGAAAGAUACUUUCGUCAUGGGAACACUUCCUCUUUGAAAAACUUAUCAGCACUCAGAAUGCCUGGAAGAAAAGAGGACAACAUCCAUUAAAGUCAGGGUUAAUGUUGAUGGGCGGAUUUAAUAAGCUUCCAUGUAGCCUAAUGCACAAGCUUUGUGAAGAUGGGUAUGGUAUAGAAUAAACAAUCUGCCAACAACUUAAGCUUAAAAAAAAAUCCUAAUGGAAUAAUUAAGUUUUCCUUUAAAAUCAAGUGGACUGUUCACUGUUUUCCAUUUGUAUUCCUUGUUUUCUCCCUUGAAAAACAGCUCUUUAACAUUUUCAUCUGAGUUUACUGGAUAACAUGAAGCUGGCGGUUGCUAAAGCUUCAUUAUGCACCUUUAAGGUCAAUCAAAGUAAAUGUGCUACAAGAAGGUUCCUUUCUGGUUAAUUUAUCACCCCCUGUAGAGAAGUGUUGAGCUAGAAGCCUGUUUUGCUAAAUAUAGGAUAAAGGAAUAUAUUAUACAAAUUCCUCUUAAAAGAGCCCCAAAUAUAAAGAAAAAGCCACAGAAUAGAUACUUUUGUAAAUUAGGAGCAGCCAAGGCUCAAGAGAAGGCUAUGCUGAAUUUAAAUAUGGAGGACUUAUUUUAAAGGGCUAGUUUUGAGUUCUUGGCUCUUAAAGUCAUUUUCUCGGAUGAAAAACAAUUGGUUCUUUUUUCCAGGGACUUUACCUCACCUUUCCAGUGGAACAGUAACUUCUAAUUGGUUUUGUCAUGUAAUGAGUUAUUUCACGGUUAGUUUUGCUGCUCAGAAACACACUUCUUCACCUGCCAUGAAAAAGAAACUCAAUGAAAAGGAAUUAUCAGUUGACUUUUCUGCCAGUGUUUACAGAUAAGACAGGUGCUUGACAUGAAUUAUGUGUGGGGGAGGAGAGAUAGGGAUAAUUAUAAAUCAAUUCAAUGAUUAAAUAAUGAAAGUUAAAGUCUUUUCACGUGGUAACCAGGUGCCAUUCAAACGCUUGCUAAAGCAAUGGGUGGAGAAGGUUUCAGUAUGCUAAUGCUUGCGUGGAAAGACUUUUGCACUGUGACACAGAAUGCUGAGAUUAUAAAAUGUUUAUCAGUUUUAGUUUCUGUUAUGAUACAGAAGACUAAUUUGUAUGUAAAUUAUUUAAUCUAAUUUCUGUUAAAAGAAUAGGUGAACUGACUUCACAAACUGAUGGGCCAGUGGUUAGGACACCACAGUAGCCUUGCUCUGUCAUAGACAUCCUGUGUGUUUUUGGGCACAUCUACACAGCAGCUGGGAGGUGUAAUUCCUAGUUUUGGUUCCAUACAUCUGCUUGCUCUGCUCCAGUUAGCACCUACAAAUUGCAGCAUGACCAUCGUGGGGUGACCCCAAAAACAGACUCAUGGUACUACCAGAAUAGCUUUAUCUAUUGUCCCCUCCUGGAUUUAGCAGAGGUUCCCUAACAGGUAGCCUCCUAACUUUUACUUGGUUUCUGCAGGGUGAAAGGGAACCCACCCUAGAGGAAUGACUCGGGUUUACUAGCAGUUCCUUUUUAGAAAAACUCCCCAGAAUAUUUUAGACCAGUUACCCUUGGGAGAACUCGGAUACAGCCUUCCAAUAGAAUUGAUAGAUACACAGGCACUACUUUUCCGAAACAAAGUAUCUUUUAUUACAGUAGCACACUGAUGAUCCCUGGCUACAAUGUAAUCUAAGCAUAAAGCGCUGGAAAUAAAUCCUUUAACACAAUUCCUUAAAACACAUUUUAAAAUAUCCCAACUGCAGUAUCAUACAGUUAGAACAGUAUUAAGUGUUGCACCCUCAUAUGAUAAUGAGCAAUGUGCAGUCCUGACAGCAAUCUUAAAUCUUCAACUUUAUACAUAUGAAUGUUACAUUGUUUUAUAAAACACACGUUCAUUAACCCAGACAUACAUACACAUGCUCAUUAAUCCUAUUUCUGUUCUAUAUUUCCACUAUACCUAGCAUGCUUACUUGCCAUAGGUACCUUUCUCUCUGCUCUCUCAGGGUCCGUUCUGUUCUACACCGCUGCCAAUUUGGAUACUUUUAUUUUAAUUCUUCCACAAUGUUUAGCUAAUGAUGGCAAAGUGAUAUUUUUAGUGCUGUGCUUAGGAAACAGACUAGAACAGCUCAAAAAUUUCUAGUAUCAAUCACUGGAAUGAGGAGUGGCCUGGGCUAGUCAUCUGAGAAUAAUCCUGCCCAAGUCCCUGGAUAUGUACUUGGAUAGCUAGCCUGAGCUGCUAUGGCCACAGUUAUUUUUAGGCACUAGCUCAAGCAGAGCCAGUGCAUGUACAUCUACCCAAGCUGGAAAUAAAAUCUCCCAGCUGCUGGGUACAGGUAUCCUUCGUCUAUGUCUCAGUUCUUCCUCUGUCAAAAGGGGAUAAUAGCACUUCCCUACCUCACAGGGGUUUGGGGAGGGUAAAUCUAUUAACUUGUGAGGUGCUUAGAAAUGAUGGUAGAUAGACCAGAUUCAACCACCACUAGAAAUAUUCUUUAAGCUGCUGUGUCACUAUUGUCUAAAUAGUAGAGCUGGUUAAAAGCUUUUCUGAUGGAACUUUUUCUGGAAUGGAAAAUGCCCUUUUGUAAAAACAAAACACAUUUGUUUCAUUUAGAAAUGGUUGAAAAUGCAUUUUGAUGACGCCAAAUUAUUAUUUUGGCACUUUUGGAACAAAAUGUUCCAACUUUUGU